AUGGCAGAAGAAGCGACGAGACAGCGUCCUCUCAUUGCUGGCCGGGAGAAGGGGCCCGGACCGGGGCACUAUGCUCUCCCGCCUACCACUGGCUACAUAAACCAUGACUACACCAAGCCCAGCAGUCCGGCGUACUCCUUCCACCGCCGCAUGAGCAGCAAAAUGCUGUUUGAGGACUCGAGUCCUGGGCCUCGGUACUACGUGGACAGCAAGAUCACGCGCUUCGGAAGAGAUGGCACUCCGUCGUACUCGAUGCUGGGUAGAAAGAAGGUCGGAGGUGGUACAUUCCAAACUCCUGGUCCAGGAGCCUACAGUCCAGAGAAGGCACCUCCACUAAACUGGCAUCGCUGCCCACCAUCCUUCACCAUGGGGUUCCGUACACGCUACAGGAGUGUAGACACUGUGCCCGCCCCCAACCGCUACACCCUACCCAAUCUAUUAGGUUCGCGGAUUCCCAACAAGCCCUCCAGCGCCAGCUACUCCAUGUCCCGCCGUAUGAAAAUUGGUGCGCCCUCUGAGGACCUGGCAACAACUCCCGGGCCAGCUCACUACACUAGAACAGACCCAAGCGUCUACAUGAACAGGCAGCCAUCUUUCUCCAUCCAGAGUCGCCACAACAUCCCCAGCGAUGCCACAUGCAAGCCUGGACCGGGCACGCACUGCCCAGAGAAAGUGACAGUGCACCUACCCAGGCCACCGUCUUUCACCAUGGGGGUGCGGCAUUCAGAGUUUGUCACACCUCUAGUCAUCGAUUUAACUAACUGA